UAAGAUCCAACUGGCAACACUGGGUCUAUGGCUUGAUUUGAUCUUGAUGCAUCGUUCGAUAAAAAUGAAAACAAUAUUACUAAUUUGCAUACAAUUAUUACAAUUACAAUACAUUGUGGCGUGAUCUCUGAGUCGGGGCGCGAGCUGUCAGCACAAACCAAAGAACAUAAAUAUUGAACAUGCGGUGCUGUGUGCCUUUCUGCAGGAACACUGCAGGCAAUGUUCGUACAGCAGAGGGCAUGGGCAAGGACCAGGGGAUUACUUUUCACGGUUUUCCUAAUGAAGCAUGUCUACGUGCAACUUGGCUCAGAGCCCUCGGCAAACAAGACACUCACCUGCCAGACUCUGCUGUGAUCUGCUCUCAGCAUUUUUUAAGUGAUGACUUCAGUGAGACAGAAAGUGGCUCAAGGCAGAUUGUUCCUGGCGCCAUUCCUUCAACAGUGCUGGUAUGCACAAUGUGCCUGGACAGUGGCAGCAAGCAGUUGCUAAUGAGUAAAUACAAGUUGGAUGAAGCAUACCAAGAGUUUGUUGGUCUUCCUUUGUGUGAUCAAGGGAACCUGCAACAAACACUUUGUGUACAAUGUGCUCACAGACUGAUAAACAUCAUCAGAUUUAGAGACGACAGCUUGAGAACCCGCUCACUGAUGAAGGACUUAGUUGAGAAACAUAAAGUUAUAACAAACCAACAUAUAGAAAUAAUAAACCGAGACAAAGUACUUGUAAAAAGGAAAUUCGUGAUUACAUCCCUAGGACCAGACCACUGUGACUUACACAUUGUAGAAGAGCAAGAUGAAGACAAACAGACAGAAUCAGUAGAGACACAGACUGGACACAGUGGUGAUGACACAGUUGUUGUAAAAAUUGAACCCAGUCUUGAUUCUAUGUUUGAUGAUACAAACAUGGAAGUGAAAAAGGAAUAUGAUGAAGUUGUAGUACCUCACGGACAAGUAUCUGACAAAGGCGCAGUGUUUGUUGAAGUUCCAACUUUGUUGAAGUGUGAAAACAUUCCUUAUGAGUGUACAAUUUGUGUAGAGGAUUUUCUCUGUGAAGAAGAUUACAUUGCUCAUAUGCAUGUGCAUCUUCAGAACAGCGAUGCUGAUAGCAAAUGUGUGACGUCCCAAGUGUGUGAGCCUCGUACAGCUGUGAGCUCUGGCUGGCACUCGGCGCACCUCAUUGAGCACAAUUCUGCAGUUCAGAGCCUGGCUGAUGACUGUCACUCUUCAACACACUUGGCUCAACCUUUCAGUAUUCCUUUGCCUGUGAGAGCUGCACCUAAAGAAGGCGAUAGGUUUAAUAAAGGUGUAAGAAAGCGUACUAUAAAUGACAGCAACAAAGCAAAGACAGACAUUAAUUCUCACACUGGUGAAAAAAAGAAGCCUUUUUCUUGUAACUUGUGCAAGUACAAAAGUGCUCAAAAAGAGCACUUAGUGCGUCAUAUGCGAUCUCACACUGGUGAGAAGCCUUAUUCUUGUAACUUGUGCGAGUACAAAUGUUCUCGAAAAGAGCACUUGACGAAACAUAUGAGAUCUCACACUGGUGAGAAGCCUUAUUCUUGUAACCUAUGCGAGUACAAAUGUGUACAAAAAAUCGAUUUAGUGUAUCAUAUGCGAACUCACACUGGUGAGAAGCCUUAUUCUUGUAAUAUAUGCGAAUACAAAAGUGCUAGAAAAAGUGGCUUAGUGAAACAUAUGCGAUCUCACACUGGUGAGAAGCCUUAUUCUUGUAACUUGUGCGAGUACAAAUGUGCUCGAAAAGAGCACUUAGUGAAUCAUAUGCGAAAUCACACCGGUGAGAAGCCUUAUUCUUGUCACUUAUGCGAUUAUAAAAGUUCUCAAAAACACCACUUUGCGUGUCAUAUGCGAACUCACACUGGUGAGAAGCCUUAUUUUUGUACACUAUGUGAGUUUAAAUGUGCAUCAAACUGUAGCCUAGUGAACCAUAUGCAAACUCACAACAGUGAGAAGCCUUAUUCUUGCAACAAAUGUGAAUACAAAUGCAAAGUUAAGCGUUCUCUCCAACUGCACAUGCGCAAGCACGCUGGCGACACUGUAACACACACCCACACACUGGCGGGGUCAACAACAACACAUGUGUAAUUCUGUGUGUGUUCUUUACUCGUUACUUAUUAAUAAAACAAUAUUUUUUUUUCGGUUUUAUUUUAUGUAACAUAUAUAUUAAUAUUUAAAUUUUAAUAUAAAUAUUUAAAUUACACUUUCAACACUGAAUACUAAUUAUAAUGGAGAAUGUUACUGGGUAUGCAAAAUCACUUGAAACUUUCUUACAAUAAAGCUUUAAAUACA